AAGAAAGUGUAAAGAAACUGUUUCAUAAGACUUUUUUCUUCUUCUUCUUCUUCUUCUUUGUUGCUUUGAGCUCUAAAAUUAAUGGAGUGGAUUCGUAGAGAAACAAUUGGUCACGGAAGCUUCUCCACCGUUAGUUUAGCAACUACCUCUGGAAGUUCUUGUAAAGCGUUUCCGUCGUUAAUGGCUGUGAAAUCUUCCGGAGUUGUUUGCUCCGGCGCGUUACGAAACGAGAGAGAUGUUCUUGAUGAUCUCGGUGAUUGUUCGGAGAUCGUGCGGUGUUUCGGAGAAGGAAGGACGGUGGAGAACGGAGAAGAGAUCUAUAAUCUGUUUCUUGAGUACGCUUCCGGUGGUAAUUUGGCUGAUCGGGUUAAAAACUCCGGUGAAGCGUUGCCGGAAUGUGAAGUGAGGAGAUACACGAGAUCGAUUGUUAAAGGAUUGUGUCAUAUUCAUGGUAAUGGAUUCUCUCAUUGUGAUUUAAAGCUUGAGAAUGUUUUGGUUUUUGGUGAUGGAGAUGUGAAGAUUUCUGAUUUCGGGUUAGCGAAACGGAGGAGUGAUGAUGAGAUUGGUGUUGAGAUUAGAGGCACUCCGUUGUAUAUGGCACCGGAAUCUGUGAAUCACGGCGAGUUUGAAUCUCCGGCGGAUAUUUGGGCUUUAGGAUGCUCUGUUGUUGAGAUGUCUAGUGGUAAAACGGCAUGGUGUUUGGAGGAUGGUGUUAUGAAUAAUGUUAUGUCUUUAAUGGUUCGUAUUGGUUCCGGCGAUGAAGUUCCGAGGAUUCCGGUGGAAUUGUCGGAGGAAGGUAGAGAUUUCGUGAGGAAGUGUUUUGUUAAAAACGCCGCGGAGAGAUGGACGGCUGAGAUGCUUUUGGAUCAUCCGUUCUUAGCCGUUGAUGAUGAUGGUGAUGAGAGUGGGUCAUUAAGGUGUGGCGAAGAAGACGAAGCUUUGGUUUCACCGAGAAAUCCAUUUGAUUUUCCCGGUUGGAAUUCGGUUCAAUCUCCGGUUAACGAGUCGGUUACGUUUGGUUCUUUGGUACGUUCGCCGGAGGAGAGGAUUAGUGGUUUGGUGAGUGAGAAGGUACCUGAUUGGUCGGAGUCGUGUGAUUGGGUCAACGUCAGGUGAAUGGAGUUGUUUUUUGUUGUUGUGGAGAAAGACUCAGUCAUUAUUUGUGUGGAGAUUAUUAUGGGGUCAUUUAGAAUUGACGGUCCUGAUUUUAAUCUUUUGUUUAAUUUAGCUCGUUGACUUUGUAAAUAUAUUGAAAUUAGAAUA